GAAACAGGGAUAGGAUGUGACGGGGAAAGUAGUGUUCAUGAAACUAAUUUUUUCUUACAAAAUAUUAUCAAAAACAACAAAAUCCCUCGCAAAUCAAUAACCUGCCCAUAGGGUUUGAGGUUUUUAUUUAAGUUUAUAGACGAAGGGCAUUUAGACUCACUAUUCUAUACUUUUUUUUAAGAAUGUGUGAGACAGUUAGCCCGCUAGCUAGCUAGCUAGAAGGAGUGUGAUAGAGGCGGAGGGAGAACAAAAGAUUUUUUGCGUUUUGGUCGGUUGCACUGACAUCAAGUCCAUGCAGAACGUGUCAUCACUAACACAAUGCCCGUGUUACUUUUUCUGAUAGACACGUCCGCUUCAAUGAACCAGCGCACCCAUCUGGGCACUACCUAUCUGGACAUAGCAAAAGGCGCUGUUGAGACUUUCAUGAAGCUCAGAGGGAGAGACCCCGCGAGCAGAGGAGACCGGUAUAUGUUGGUAAAUUUUGAGGACGUUCCCGUCGGAAUAAAGGCUGGAUGGAAAGAGAGCCACUCGACCUUCAUGACAGAGCUGAGAAACCUUCAGGCCAAUGGACUCACAGCAAUUGGCCAAUCUUUGAGGACUGCUUUUGAUUUACUCAAUCUCAAUAGAUUAGUCACUGGGAUAGACAACUAUGGACAGGGCAGGAAUCCCUUUUUUCUGGAGCCGGCCAUCAUAGUAGCUAUCACCGACGGCAACAAGCUGACCAGCAGCGGUGGAGUCCAGGAAGAGCUGCACCUGCCCCUGACCACCCCCCUGCCGGGCAGCGAGCUGACCAAGGAGCCCUUCCGCUGGGACCAGCGUCUCUUCGCCCUGGUGCUGCGCAUCUCCGGCCACGCCUCCGUGGACCCUGAGCCCCUGGGAGGGGUUCCCCAGGACGACUCAGCCAUCACCCCCAUGUGUGAGGUCACCGGAGGUCGUUCCUACAGCGUGUUCUCCCAGCGCAUGCUGAACCAGUGUCUGGAGUCGCUGGUGCAGAAGAUCCAAAGUGGCGUGGUCAUCAACUUUGAGAAGACUGGUCCAGACCCCCCUCCUCUGGAAGACCCCCCAGGGGAGGUGGUGAAGCCAGGCCCCCAGCUCUGGCAUUGUUGCCACAAGCUGAUCUAUGUGAGGCCCAACCCCAAGACAGGCGUGCCCAUCGGACACUGGCCCAUCCCAGAGUCCUUCUGGCCGGACCAGAACUCACCCACCCUGCCCCCCCGCUCAGCCCACCCCCUGGUGAGGUUCUCCUGUCAGGACUCGGAGCCCAUGGUCAUAGACAAGGUGCCCUUUGACAAGUACGAGCUGGAGCCUUCGCCCCUCACCCAGUACAUCCUGGAGAGGAAGUCUCCUCAGAGCUGCUGGCAGGUGUUUGUGUGUAACAGUGCCAAGUACAGUGACCUGGGCCAGCCCUUCGGCUACCUGAAAGCCAGCACAGCCCUCAACUGUGUCAACCUGUUCGUCAUGCCCUACAACUACCCUGUUCUGCUCCCCCUGCUGGAUGACUUGAUCAAGGUUCACAAGUUCAAGCCCACUAUCAAAUGGCGGCAGUCGUUUGAGAACUACCUGAAGACGAUGCCUCCAUAUUACAUAGGAUCCCUGAGGAAGGCGCUGAGGAUCAUGGGAGCUCCGAACCUCCUGGCAGAGAACAUGGAGUAUGGCCUGAGCUACAGUGUGGUGUCCUACCUCAAGAAGCUCAGCCAGCAGUCUAAGAUCGAGUACGACCGCAUGAUCGCGUCCAUCGGGAAGAAGGCUCUGGUAGAGGUGGGCAUCAAGGUGCGCUCCCGGGGGGGCGUGUCUCUGGCCCAGCGCCGGGACUUCACCCAGCUGCUGCAGAGCAUCUCUGGGGAGACGCCGGCCCUGCCCCUGGAGCUCAACCUCAAGGAGUUCUCUGGCUUCCAGCUGGCUCUGCUCAACAAGAGCGUGAAGCCGCAGGGCUUCAGGAACGCCUACGACAUCCCCAGGAGCCACCUGCUGGACCAGCUGAGCCGCAUGAGGAGGAACCUGAUGAAGGGCAGCCUGGUGCUGACCGGACAGGACCCUGACCAGCUCCACAGUGUUCCCGUGGCCCAGAUGGGGAACUACCAGGACUUCCUGAAGGCAGCUCCUCAGCCCCUGAGAGACGCAGACCCGGAGCAGCCCAAACGCCUGCACACCUUCGGCAACCCCUUCAAGCUGGACAAGAAGGGCAUGAUGAUCGACGAGGCGGAUGAGUUUGUGACGGGGCCCCAGAACAAGGGCAAGAGGGCGGUGGGGGACAGCAGCAUGCAGGGGGGGGGGGUGCCCAAGAGGCGGCGCUGCAUGUCCCCCCUGCUGCGCCUGGGGAGGGCCUACUGCCCCCCCGUCACCCCCCCUGCCAGCCCCAGACCUGCCUCAGACGCUGAUUCCAACCACAACGAUCUAGAGGACUUCCUCAUCCACCUGAACCACAACCACUACAGCCCCGAAAGAGUCCCCGACCAGGAUGAGGAGGACCUGGACGAGGGCAGCCCCUCCAGCCUCGAGGCCCAGGACAACCACGUCCUGCUGGGGGAGGAGGAGCAGGGUGGCCUGGGGGGGGAGGAGGAGGAGGGGAGGGACGGGGAGCAGGAGGGAGGGGACCUCCUGGAGGAGCGUCCGGCACGCUACCCCUCCCCUGGGGCCCUGAAGAAGCUGAUGAACAGCGAGAGUCAGGAAGUCAACUCCGAGCUCCGUUCCCUCAUCACCAAGGAGAUCAGGAAACCAGGGCGACACUAUGAGAAAAUCUUCCAUUUCCUGAAGCAGAUCCAGGGCAGUCUGGACACUCGCUUGAUCUUCCUGCAGAACAUCAUCAAAGAGGCCGCCAGGUUCAAGAAGCGGGUUCUUAUAGAACAACUGGAGAACUUUCUAGAAGAGAUCCACAACAGGGCCAACAAUAUGAACCACCUGGACGGCUUCUGAAGGGGCCCUGUUCCAAACCCAACACCCGUACCUUAACCCUGCAGUCAGCCCUGUUCCACCGGUCUGCACCCCUCCUCACCAAACACACAGUGGGUCAGUCCACUCCCCUCCCAUGCUCUUAGUGGUGAUGGAUCGGUCCACUGUGGAGCCAGAGGGGGGUUUAGAAACCCAGUCCCUUACCACCUCCAUGAGGUAGUGAGCAUGGAUACAUAACAAGCAUUGUACCACACAGGGAUGGAAACCAACCCACCGAAUUAACCUAGUGUGUGUCUGUCUGACUGUGUGUGUGUCUGACUGACUGUGUGUCUGUCUGACUGUGUGUGUGUCUGUCUGACUGUGUGUCUGUCUGACUGUGUGUGUGUCUGUCUGACUGUGUGUGUGUCUGUCUGACUGUGUGUGUGUCUGACUGUGUGUGUGUCUGUCUGACUGUGUGUGUGUCUGUGACUGUGUGUGUGUCUGUCUGACUGUGUGUGUGUCUGUCUGACUGUGUGUGUGUCUGUCUGACUGUGUGUCUGUCUGACUGUGUGUGUACAGCUCCAGGAGGAGGGAUUUCCUCCUGCCUCGGGGUUCAGACACGCUGGUCUCAUUUCAAACAGGAUUCUGUAGCUUUGCUUUUCUUACCACCCUUUUCUUCUUCUCCUUUUUCCUUUUGCUCUGUUCUACCUUUUUAUUCUCUGGGCAACAAAUGCCUUUUUCCAUCUGAGUUCCUUUUACAAGUUAACCUUGGUUGUUACUUUUUAAACACUCCACCAAUUGAAACACUCCUGUGAUGUUUACCAAUAAGAACCAGUAAAUCUUACUGGUCUCUGAAAUCAUAUCAAAAGUCCCUCUGUUUCAGUUAACCUCAUUCUUCUUAUCUUUCACAGUCACGAGUUUAAACAGUUUAGUUACCCCUCGAACAAAACGAAAACCCUAUUUCCGUGACCGUUCGAUUGACAGGAUGCUGUGUAACUGUCAAGUCUGCUCCACACAGGGAACAUAGCUCAGGAACUGACUAGAGCAGAAUGGUUUGCAAUAACACUGUUAGACUAGUCCAGUGUUACCCUGUACCGUCGAGGAUGGCCUCAUUGUUACAUUGAACAUAUCUGUGGUGCUGAAGGCAUCUCUCUGGAGUGUUCUAGAAGGACAGGGGUCUCAAGUGGUCUUGUGUUCAGGUACCUGCCUAACAUUUGAUACUGUUAUCCUCUCAUCAUCUUGCUCUCUCUCUCGCUUUCUCUCUCCUAUCCCCCCAUCGUUUAGACAGGGACCAAAUCUUUGCCAUACUUGUCUUGUUGUUUUUCACCGGGGAGUUCUACCAAAAGACAGUAUUUUGAAUACGCUGUAUAGAUGUAAAUACAUUUAGAGAACUAUUUAAAGAGAAUGUUCAGUGGAAGGCCUUUUUGUAAGUAUUUCCAUGAAUAAAGUUUCUAUUUUACACUGUGAAGGGCCAUGUAAAUAAAAAUGACACAUUCUGUAAAUAUCUCCUUCACUUGUGUGACAUGACAGUUUUGCAUUCAUCGGUGGAGUGGCAGCAGAGGGCAUCAUUAUAAUGAUGACAGGAAUGCAAGGGUAGCUCCAGAAAUAUGUAGGAAAAAAACUUGUUUUAUAGUUUAUUUGCCUUUGCUAACACGGCACUAUUUUUAAAAGGCGGUGAAAUAAAUGACCAAAACACUUAAGGUGUAAAA